AUGUACGGCAGGACCUUGCUCGUACCUUUCUUGGUCACUCUUUUCUCGCUCGUUUCACACGUCUUCUCAUUCACUCAUCCAGGUUUGCUCGUCACAUCCGAGGAUGUAAGCCGCGCCAAGAAGCACAUCGAUGCCAAGCAGGACCCUUGGUACGGCUCUUGGGAAAAGCUCGCGGCCAGCAAAUACAGCAGCUCCACGUACCAAGCGAACCCUUCCAAGACGAUCGAUCGGCCGUCGAACGGCGAGCUCAUGUGGCGGGACGCCGCUGCUGCAUUCAAUCUGGCUCUGCAGUGGAAGAUUUCUGGCGAUACUGCUUUUGCAGAUGCUUCGGUAAAAAUAUUGCUCGCCUGGGCAGAGACAUUUCAAGGUUUCGAUGGCGGCGAUGAUAGGUAUCUCUCAGCUGGGCUACAAGGAUAUCAAUUCGCGAAUACGGCAGAGCUGCUCCGCGACUACGAACCAUUCGCCAAGGCAGAUCUAUCUACCGUCGGUGCAUUCCUUACAAGUCAGUUUUUGGCUGUAAACGAGUUCUUCCUCGAUCACAAGGCCCCAUCUGAGCAUAAUCACAAACACUUCUACGCCAACUGGGAACUCAGCAACCUUGCGUCCAUGAUGGCCAUCGCUGUCGUCACUGAGAACACAACAGCAUGGGACUACGCAAUCAAUUACUUCAAGAAUGGUUCCGGUAAUGGCGCCAUCAACAAUGCCAUUGUCUACAUUGUCGACGAACCAGGGACCGGCCGUCCGCUUGGCCAAGGACAGGAGUCUGGUCGCGACCAGGGCCACAGCGCGUUGAACCAGCAGGUCCUCGCAGUCAUCGGCCAGCAAGCAUGGAACCAGGGUGAAGACUUGUUCUCCUACAAUGAUAGUCGAAUCCUCAAAGGCGCUGAAUACUUUGCUCGAUACAAUUUAGGAAACGACGUACCCUUUGUUGAAUACACCAAUGGCAUUGUGACCCAUACUGAAGUGAGCAGCGCUUCGCGAGGUGCCACUCGCCCAACUUGGGAGCUCCUCUACCAUCAUUACGUCGGAGUGAAGAAGCUCGAUGCCCCGUGGACCAAGGCGUAUCUCAACAAGACCCUCGAGGAGUACGGCGGCUUUGAACCUGGCUCUGGCGCUAUGGGAGAAGGAUCUGGAAGAUUUGAUGGGCUUGGCUGGGGCUCUUUGUUGUACCGAGUUGAUGAUUCUGAUGUUGUUGAAUCGUCGUCUGCUUCAGAAACACCCGCUCGCACUACGACCAGCAGCAGCUCAGCAACACCCACUGGCUCGAGCACCUUGAUAGACAAAGUCACUUCAGCGACGCCAGUGUCAAGCACACUGUCGUCAACGGUCGAUACUAUUCCAAUUGCAACUCCGACCUCGACCACUUCGCGCCAUACCCCGACCGCCCGUCCAUGUUCCAGGAAGCGCAAGAGGUCCCAUAGGAUUUGA